CCUAACCCAUCGGGUGAGCCAGACUAACCGGUUACGGAGAUCCGUGUUUCUAGGCGAUCCAGUACUCACAGAGCCUAGAAGUUCUUUCUUCCACGUCUCCCUUGAUUUGCUGCCCGAUGCAGUCCGUGCUAAGCUUCCACUCUCCUCGGUGAUCUUCCCGGCGCCGCGAUUCAGCCUCGUCGUAGCCUCCGCCGCUGCUUGAAAGAAGAAGAAGAGGCGAUGAUUUCCACGCAGAGGACAUUUUCGGGGUCUUCUCCUUCACAGAGUCCUAGAUCUCCGUCGGGGCAGCCUUUUCUAUCCGUCUCUGUGACUGACCCGGUGAAAUUGGGGAAUGGAGUGCAGGCGUAUAUCUCGUAUAGAGUCAUGUCCAAGACUAACAUGCCUGAAUAUCAAGGGCAAGAGAAGAUUGUCAUUCGGCGUUACAGCGACUUUGUUUGGUUGCGUGAUAGGCUUGCGGACAAGUUCAAAGGAAUUUUUAUUCCACCUUUGCCUGAGAAGAGCGCUGUAGAGAAGUUCCGCUUCAGUGCCGAGUUCAUUGAGAUGAGACGCCAAGCUCUUGAUGUGUUUAUUAACCGUGUAGCAUCACAUACUGAACUUAAACAAAGCGAGGAUUUGAGGAUCUUUUUACAAGAAGAUGAAGAGACUAUGGAAAGGACAAGAUCUCAAGAAACAGGAAUUUUCAAGAAGAAACCUUCAGAAUUUAUGCAAAUAUUUAAGGAUGUGCAGUCUAAGGUGAGUGAUGUUGUUUUGGGGAAGGAGAAACCUGUCGAGGAGUCGUCUCCUGAAUACGAGAAAUUGAAACAUUACAUUUUUGAGCUCGAAGACCACUUAGCUGAGGCACAAAAGCAGGCUUUCCGACUUGUAAAAAGGCACAGAGAGUUAGGACAAUCACUUUCUGAUUUUGGAAAAGCGAUCAAGCUCCUCGGUGCUUGUGAAGGUGAAUCACUUGGAAAGGCAUUUUCUGAGCUUGGUUCAAAAUCUGAGAUGAUGUCGAUAAAACUACAAAAAGAGGCGCACAACCUGCUCAUGAAUUUUGAAGAACCGCUGAAAGAUUAUGUUCGUGCAGUACAGUCUAUCAAGGUGACAAUGACGGACAGAGCCAAUGCUUUCAGACAGCACUAUGAAUUGGCAGAAACAAUUAGGCUGAAGGAAAUAAACCUUGAUAAGCUGACACUAAUUCGCUCAGAUAGAGCUGGCGAAGCUGAAAUUGAAUUCAGAGAGCUAAAAGCAGAGAGUGAGGAAGCAACCAGAAGGUAUGAAACGAUUGUUAAACUGAUGAAUGAAGAGCUUUCCCGUUUCCAGGAACAGAAAACUGCAGAAUUAGGUCUUGCCUUUCAUGAAUUUGCCAAAGGACAAGCAAAACUUUCCCAUGAUAUUGCUGAUGCAUGGAGAAGUCUCCUACCGAAGCUUGGUGUUUCUUCUUAGAUACCACCGAUUGUUAUAGAAAUUAUAAUUUAGCUUCUGUUCAUUCAAGAGUUUUGUAAUAUGAACAGUUUUGUGGUUUAUAACUAUGGUCUUUUUCGUUUUCUUAGUUAUUUUUUUCCUUUUUUUUUUUUCAUGUUUUAAGAUAUUAAUGAUUUAAAAGUUCUUCUGGCUGUAGAAUUGGAUAAUGCAAUAAUGACUGCUGGUUGUAGUUUGUAAAUUGGGUUGCCAGUAAUGUGGGUCAGAAUAAUAAAGAAUUGUGUUUGUCUUCCACUUCCA